AAAAUGGCGGCCGUGGCUGCAGAGGCGGCAGCGACAGCAGCGUCCCCCGGGGAGGGGGGCGCCGGCGAGGCCGAGCCGGAGAUGGAGCCCAUCCCCGGCACCGAGGCCGGUACUGACACCCUCCCGGUCACGGCUACAGAAGCAUCUGUGCCGGACGGCGAGGCCGACGGGAAGCAGUCCUCCCCUCAGGCCGACGAGCCUCUGCUCUCGCCGCCGCGGGAGCUCGCCCGCAGCCCGGAGGCAGCGGGGCCGGAGCUGGAGGCUGAGGAGAAGCUGCCCGCCCGGGCGGUGGAACCUGCUGUAGCCUCCCCUCAGGAAGGGCCCGACCUUCCACCUUCCCCAGCACCGCCGCCCGAGCAGCCCCCGGCUCCCGAGGAGCGCCAGGAGCCGCCGCUGCCCCAGCCCGCAACCCCGGCGCUCGUGCCGCCCGCGGGCGGGGACUCCGCCGUGUCGCAACUCAUCCCCGGCUCGGAGGUGCGGGUCACGCUGGACCACAUCAUCGAGGACGCGCUCGUCGUGUCUUUCCGUCUAGGGGAGAAGCUCUUCUCCGGGGUUCUCAUGGAUCUGUCCAAAAGGUUUGGGCCCCAUGGGAUCCCUGUGACAGUAUUUCCCAAAAGGGAAUAUAAGGAUAAACCUGAAGCCAUGCAGCUGCAAAGUAACACAUUCCCAGAAGGGACAGAAGUCAAGUGUGAAGUGAAUGGUGCUGUUCCCGAUGACCCCUCUCCUGUCCCGCUGCCCGAGCCGAGCCUGGCUGAAAGCUUGUGGACUUCUAAACCACCGCCUCUCUUCCAUGAAGGAGCACCUUAUCCUCCCCCUUUGUUUAUCAGGGACACAUAUAACCAAUCAAUACCUCAGCCACCUCCUCGGAAAAUUAAACGACCCAAACGAAAAAUGUACAGGGAAGAACCUACUUCAAUAAUGAAUGCUAUUAAACUACGACCAAGGCAAGUCCUGUGUGACAAGUGUAAAAGCAGUGUUGUUGCGGAAAAAAAGGAAAUUAGAAAAGGUAGUAGUACAAGUGACUCUUCUAAAUAUGAAGAUAAAAAACGGAGAAAUGAAAGUGUAACUACUGUGAACAAAAAACUGAAAACUGACCAUAAAGUGGAUGGGAAAAACCAAAAUGAAAGCCAGAAAAGAAAUGCUGUGGUUAAGGUUUCAAAUAUUGCUCACAGCAGAGGCAGAGUAGUCAAAGUUUCUGCUCAGGCAAAUACAUCAAAAGCUCAGUUAAGUACUAAAAAAGUGCUCCAGAGUAAGAACAUGGAUCAUGCAAAAGCUCGGGAAGUGUUGAAAAUUGCCAAAGAAAAGGCACAAAAGAAGCAAAGUGAAACCUCUACAUCCAAAAAUGCACAUUCAAAAGUCCAUUUCACACGUCGGUAUCAGAAUCCUAGCUCAGGUUCCCUUCCACCCCGGGUUCGUUUAAAACCACAAAGGUACAGGAACGAAGAAAAUGACUCUUCUCUGAAGACAGGACUUGAGAAAAUGCGGAGUGGCAAGCUGGCACCCAAGCCCCAGUCUCGUUGCACCUCUACCCGCUCAGCAGGUCUCAACAAAUGGCAGCUAUUACAUCAGACAGUGACGAAUCCUGCUGCUCCCUUACAGUGUCUGACAGACCACUGUGGAUUCAGACUGGGAGCAUUGAAGUUAACAGUGAAACGGGCAGCACAAAGACAUUAGCAGGCUGCUGGUUUCGUGGACCUGUCCCACAGUGGCACAGAGGACCCCCAAGCACCAGGAUCGAAUGAAACGGGAGACUCAGAGUUUGAAGCUGCACUAAGUCAGAUGUUCAGGCAGCGGUUGAAACCCACUGUCUCUAAAGGGGCACCUGCAAACUGCGCUGUAUGAAACCGAAGAAAAGGUAUUAGGGGACUAGUUUCUAAAAUAUAAACUAUUGCAAUAAAUUAUGCAUGAGAUGAGGAGAAGAGUGAUGUGAAAUACACAUACAGCGGACUCAAUUGAAUUUUAUGUACGAAGAAUCACUGACAGUCUUCUUUUGAUCAUGAAGUUCUUAUCAGAGUAGCUUGGACAGGCCUAAAUGGCAUGGGAUGAUGGCAGAAAUGUUGAAUUACCUUUCAUACUAAAACUGUGCUUUCUCCAAGGUUUAUGUUACCCAGUUCAGAUAUGAGCAAAGGCGUUUCUGAAAAGGCGCGCCUGUGACACUGGAGUAGUCGCAUAUGCCGAGGCCAGUGUCCCCUUCAGGGCGCCCGUGGAAACGACAGGAAAGAGUUGACAUUGUACUGAAAGGAUGGCAAGGUACCCGCCCCCCAACCCCCCAAAAUUUGGAUCUUUUCUUUCUUUGAUAAGGCAGGGCUGUAUUACCUUGAAUAUAUGUUUGCUUGUUAGAACAUAUUAAGAUGUAUUUAUUUGCCACCAGUAUUUAACAUUUUGUGCACAUUUUCAUAACUACACAUUUUUAAAUUCUGAGUCAAAGUAGAUAGGCUAGUGUUGAUCUUGGAGUGGAAAUGUCUACUCUGAGAGCUAGUUCUUCAAUCUACUGAGCUGGAAAGGCUUUUAUUUUUCCUGUCAUUACUAAUUUUACCUAGAUCAGAAAUGGUGACAAAUCUGAAUUCUGAUGUGGCCCUCUCCCUGCAGAGAGCCCCUCCUUCCAUCUGAGUGCACGCGAUUCUGACAGGUGUCAGGUGGGCCUUGACCCUGAGGAACGAGCAGCCGCAGGAACAGACCCGUAAAGUGGCACAGGCUUUCCAUGAAUAGAGCAUGUUAUUAAUGGAGACCAUAAUGUUUCUAUCUUUGGAAAAUACAUAUUUAAAAAAAAAAGUAAUUUUUCUUUUUUAAUGAGUGGAGAAAACGAGAAAACCAGAUUGACCUGUUAGUACCACAUUUUUAAGGCAUUUUAUAUUUGAUGGUGCCGUACUUUUAAUAAUAAUAAAACUGAAGUUUUUUAGUGGCAAUACUUGAUUUAUUUUUUAAACCAGAAAGAUAAUCCUUAUUGAUUACUUAAUACAAAAAAAGAAAAAAAAAUGCCAAAAAAACAAUUCAUUUGAAGCUAUGUAACAGAUAACUGAGCAUUUGGCUUAAAUGUUUAAACUUUCCAUAAUCUUACUGUGCAGGUUUGGAAUCACUUAACUCCACACUCAGGCUUAAAAGGUUCUGGGUGAGAGUCUUAGAAUAUUUAAUAUACCCGACUAAGGAUUUGUUUUACAAAUCAGGAAGAAAAGGUAGGCAGUCUUGCUUCUGUGAGUUGAAUGCAAAUCCUGAUUACACUGUAAGUAAUUAAAAGUUUUGAUGGCUUUCUAAAAUUGUCUUUUUGGAAAAGUAUUUAUCAUGAAGUCAGUAUACAUGUGAAAAAGCUCAGGAACUAUACCAGCGGGAGCCUAAAGAGUACCUGUCCCUCAGCGGCACCUGACUCCGUAGCUCUGGGGCCUUGGCGUAGGUCCACCCUGUCCCUCAGCUGUAUUAACACCAGCAGUACCUUUCAGGCUCCCUUCAAGAACCAGACAACCCCCAAGUCAUGGUGGACUGGGGUAUAUCAAGAGUUUUAAUUAAGCUUUAGAAUUAUUUGUUCAGAGUGAUGGAAGUGACGGAGUAAGAUAAAGGCAAAAGAAUUGAGAGAUCAGGUUUUAAAUAUCUAAUUUUUUUUCAUGACAAAUUCUCAAGGGUGUUUUGUUAUAAACCAGAUUUUCAUUUAAAAAAAAAUGAAAUUUAGUGGUAUUUAAAAAUCUAGAUAUACCAUGUUGCUAUUUCACUUUCAUUGCUUUAGUUGCUUAAUAUUUAAGCUUUGCUUCAUGCUACCUUUGUCUGUAUUUCAAAUCUUCAGAAGCCUAUUUCAUUUUGUAGACUUGAAUGACAAAAAUUGUUUCUCAUCUAAAGUAUGCUGAGACAUAAAUGUUAAAGAAUGUUGUGUAACAUUUAUCCAAUAAAGUCUUGAUAUUUUUAAAAAUUUAGUUACCUAAAAACAGUUUGUUCAUGUUUUAGGA